UGAGCCAAUGAGCUAAGCUCCAUCCAAUCAGGCAUGAAAGAAAGCGCUAAUUCAAGAAUGAAACCUCUCAAUCAAAGCUUUUACCCUUUCUUGAUCUUAGAUUAAUAACCCGUUGAAGCGCAGGAGCUCAAUUAAUUGGUGCAGGUGCUUGGCUAUCGAAUCAGCAGCUAAGGUAGCAGACUGAUUUUACUUGAUGACCUGGUAUGAUCAUGAACUAGAAUGUUCUAUUGAAUGAGAUAUAGCCGUAGAUAUCCCAGUGCCCACUCUUCGAUCUCCCAUCGCAUCGGUUCCUGAAUAUCUACUCACUCCCGCCCUGGAUAGACUUAAGGCUGAAGACCGAGUAAAAGGGCUGGCAAGGCAAAAUAGCAAAAAAGAGUUUAGCGUAAGAGAAGAAAGCUGCUCUUAGCAGAGAGAGGGUGGAUAAGUUUCUAGUUCAUGGAUUGAUCGAGUUUCGUUCUACUUUCGACUUAUCUCGAUUGGGUUGGUGUUAAGUGUACCCAACAAAAGGUACAAUACAAGAAUUUCGAGGACCCGUCUUUCUUCAGCACGAAGGAAGUUAGUUGAUCGAGAAAGCAAGGACCCGUAUAGAGCUACGCCAUGAGUAGAUCGAAAAGGUCUCGCGAAGCCGGUAAUCCUUUGCCUCCCCUAACUAGUAAAGCUGAAGAAGAAGCAUAAAAAUGGAGUCCUUCAUCUUUGGUCUUUUUCCCAUGCUUUCUGUUGGUCAACAACCAACCACAACUCUCUAUAGUCAAAACACUAGUCCUGCAGGCUUGCUUUUAACCAUACCAGGUUCAGUCUGUAUGGAGGGAAUUUCUUUUGUCUGAAUCAAUCAUGCCUCAACUGGAUCAAUUCACUUAUUUCACACAAUUCUUCUGGUUCUGCCUUUUCCUCUUUACUUUCUAUAUUCCCAUGUGCAAUGAUAGAGAUGGAGUACUUAGGAUCAGCAUAAUUCUAAAACAACGGAACCAACAGGUUUCAAACCAGGGGAACAAAAUCCGGAGCAACGACCCCAACAGUUUGGAAGAUAUCUUGAGAAAAGGUUUUAGCACCGGUGGAUCCUAUAUGUACUCUAGUUUAUUCGAAGUAUCCCAAUGGUGUAACGCCGUCGACUUAAAGGGAAAAAGGAGGAAAAUAACUUAUAUCUCUUGUGUCGGAGAAAUAAGUGGCUCACGAGGAAUGGAAAGAAACAUAUUCUAUUUGAUCUCGAAGUCCUCAUAUGGCGCUUCUUCUUCCAAUCCUGGAUGGAGGAUCACUUGUAGGAAUGACAUAAUGCUAAUCCAUGUUCCACACGGCCAAGGAAGAAUCAAAAAAUAAGAAAGGUUAUCGAGAUUCUCAAUCGCUCUUUUAGUAGAUAGUGGGAAAUGGGGCUCCCAGGCCCCCCAUGCUGCCAGACUUGAAUGAGCCCUUGCUCCCCGAUUUGAACCAACCGCUCGAACCACCAGAGGAACCCUAUCAACCAAUCUUUCCUCUGGUUGGAAGUCUUUCCGGGGAAGACCAACGAGCAGUUGACCGCCUAAUUUCACUAGAAAAUCUCCUUGUCGUAAAGGCGACGCACAUGUUGCGUUCGCUUCAUUAUACGCCCAUCGAUUCUGAUGUUAAGUUUGUGCUAUCGGCUUUUCUAGUUGAUUAUCCAUCUAGUGAUGCCUACCAAAGCCUACUCCCACACUUUCUUCCUAUGGAACCCCCAUCCCCUAUCUUUCUACAAUUCUGAGAGGAUUGGGAAGCCUUUAUAACAACAACAUCCACAGAUUUCCUUUCAAAUAGAAUAUUUUUUUUGGGGGGGUUCCUUAAGGGAGGGGGCAGGGCUUUAGAGGAGGAGUGAGGACCCGACUAAUGGGAAUCAAGACCCCUAUCUCAUAGGGGACCCUCUUGGAAAAAUCUUUCUUUCUUGAUGAAUGAUAUGGUUUUCCAUAAAUCGAUAUGAAUGGAGGAUGCCUCUUGAACUUCUUAAUCCAAGUUCCAGUGGUGGGCAGUCGGUGCGCUCUUUCUUGAUUAACUUGGGUAAAAAUGUCCGGAUGAACUACAUAUGGUCUGAUACCUAUCUUCUUGUUGAGUUGGAGUGGUAGGUUAUGUAGGCGCUCGAAAUUGCUUCUCACUAGACAAGAUGGUACAGCAAUGAGGGUUCGACCCAUUUCUAUU